AUGUCGCUCAAGUCCAUAAACCCCAACGCCGAGCUCAUGAACGCCGACGCCGCGCUCUUCAUGAACAUCAACGCCGCCAAGGGUCUGCAGGACGUGAUGAAGACGAAUUUAGGACCGAAGGGAACGAUUAAGAUGCUCGUCGACGGGGCGGGAGGAUUAAAACUGACCAAGGACGGCAACGUACUGCUGCGGGAGAUGCAGAUUCAAAACCCGACGGCGGUGAUGAUCGCGCGGACGGCGGUGGCGCAGGAUGAUAUCACAGGCGACGGGACGACGACGACGGUACUCGUCAUAGGCGAGCUGCUGAAGCAGGCGGAACGGUACAUCAACGAAGGACUUCACCCGAGAGUACUCGUCGAGGGGUUCGACGUGGCGAAGAAGGAGGCGUUGAAGUUUGUGGAGAGUUUUAAGGUGGCGGCACCGGGGAUCGAGGAGCCAGAUCGUGAGAUGUUGCUCUGCGUCGCGCGCACAGCGCUGCGCACAAAGUUGAGAGAGGAGUUGGCGGACAAGUUGACCGCGAUCGUCGUCGACGCCGUUCUGUGCAUCUCCAGGCCAGAGCAGCCGAUCGACUUGCAUAUGGUUGAGAUCAUGACCAUGAAGCACCAAACGGACGACGAGACGAAGUUAAUUCAGGGGUUAGUGCUCGACCACGGGACGAGACAUCCAGACAUGAAGCGAUACGUCGAGGACGCGUACGUGUUGACGUGCAACAUCAGUCUAGAGUACGAGCGUUCUGAGGUGAACUCGACGUUUAUGUACACGGAUGCAGAGCAGCGGGAGCGAAUGGUGGCCGCCGAGCGCUCGUACACGGACGAGACCGUACGCAAGAUUAUCGCUCUGAAGCAACAAGUGUGCGAAGACAACGACAAGGGAUUCGUCGUGAUCACGCAAAAGGGCAUCGACCCGAUCUCCUUGGACAUGCUCUGCAAGGAGGGCAUCGUUGGUCUUCGUCGUGCGAAGCGUAGAAACAUGGAACGUCUCGUCCUCGCGUGCGGUGGUCAGUGUAUCAACUCAGUGGAGGAGCUUUCCCCAGAGAUUUUGGGCCACGCCGGUGAGGUGUACGAGUAUGUCUUGGGUGAUGAAAAGUACACUUUCGUCGAAAAGGUCCAGAACCCGACGUCAUGCACGAUUCUGCUCAAGGGCUCGAACGAUCACACCAUUAUUCAGCUUAAGGACGCGGUGAGAGACGGCUUACGCGCGGUCAAGAAUGUAUUAACCGACAAGUCUGUGAUUCCGGGAGCGGGUGCGUUUGAGGUUGCUCUGAACAAGCACCUCAGAGAGAACGUCACAAAGAUGGUCGAGGGUCGCGCUAAGCGCGGUGUCGAGGCUUUUGCGGAGGCCAUGCUUGUCGUGCCGAAGACGUUGGCGGAGAACAGCGGGUACGAUCCGCAAGACGCCAUCAUCGACAUGCAGGAGGAACACGACAGAGGCAACGUCGUGGGAUUCGAUAUUACCAUCGGCGAACCGUUUGAUCCCAUCAUGGGUGGAAUCUACGACAACUUUCUCGUCAAGCAGCAGAUCCUUCACUCGGCGCCCAUCAUCGCUACGCAGCUGCUCUGUGUGGACGAGGUCCUCCGCGCUGGGGUGAACAUGCGCAAGCGCGGGUAG